CCUGCAGCUAUGAGCAUGUCUCUCCAGGGCCGCUCCCAGAAUGCACUGCUCUCCCAACAUGGCGGCGCCCAGUGACCGGCAAGCCUCGAACCCUCUGAGCGGGUUUCCGUUCCCGAUACCCGGGGUGAAGCCGGCAGCAGGCGGCCCUGCCGGGGGGGAGGGAGGACACCCCAAGAAGCCCUGCCGUGCCUGCAUGGAUUUCAAGAGCUGGAUGAAGCAGCAGAGGAAGCAGAGCUCGAGCUCCCUGGUGAGGCGGUAACCGGGGCCUGUCAACGGGGGGUCCCCGAGUGUCAGCCUGGGAGGGAGGCCGGGGGGUCCCCGAGAGUCAGCCACAGAGGGGGAGGCGGGGGGUCCCCGAGUGUCAGCCUGGGAGGGAAGGCAGAGGGGGUGCAAGAGUCAGCCCUGGGGAGGCGGGGGUCCCAGUGUCAGCCUGGGAGGGAGGCGGGGUCCCCGAGGGGUCAGCCUGAGGGAGGCCGGGGUCACGAGGUCAGCCUGGGGGAGGCCGGGGACCCCCGAGUCAGCCUGGGGAGGCAGGGGUCCCAGUGUGUCCCAGCCUGGGGGGAGGCCGGGGGUCCCCGGGGGUCGAAGCCUGGGGGAGGCCGGGGUCCCGAGUCAGCCUGGGGGCGGGGUCCCCAGUGAUGUCAGCCUGGGGGGAGGCCGGGGGUCCCCGAGAGUGUCGGCUUUCCAGGGGGAGCCAGGGGUCCCCGAGUGUGUCCAGCCUGGGAGGAUGCCGGGGGUCCCGAGAGUCAGCCUGGGGGGAGGCCGGGGGUCCCCAGGGGUCAGCCUGGGGGAGGCAGGGGUCCCGAGUGUCAGCCUGGGGGAGGCCGGGGGGUCCCCAAGUGUCAGCCAGGGGGAGUCCGGGGGGUCCCCGAGUGUCAGCCAGGGGGGAGGCCGGGGGGUCCCCGAGUGUCAGCCUGGGGGGGAGGCGGGGGGUCCCCGAGUGUCAGCCUGGGAGGGAGGUCGGGGGGUCCCCGAGUGUCACCACAGGGGAAAGUGUCCUAUGGUAACUUUAUGUCCUAGUCAAUAUAUGUAUGCUGCAUUCUGUCACCGCGGGUAUUGGCAAGUUACUAUCUUUUACCGACUGUCACCUCAGGUACUAGUCAGUGUGUUCCAUGGACUGUCACCUCAGGUACUAGUCAGUGUGUGCCAUGGACUGUCACCUCAGGUACUAGUCAGUGUGUGCCAUGGACUGUCACCUCAGGUACUAGUCAGUGUGUGCCAUGGACUGUCACCUCAGGUACUAGUCAGUGUGUGCCAUGGACUGUCACCUCAGGUACUAGUCAGUGUGUGUUGUGGACUGUCCCAUCCCGUAUUAGUCAGUGUGUGUUGUGGACUGUAACCUCGGGUACUAGUCAGUGUGUCAAAUGGACUGUAUUAAUCAAUGGGUGCGGCAAAUUUCAAUUUAGUCAGUCUUUUGACUGAAAAGCUAUGUUAAAGCGGCACUGUCAUGCCGAAUCCCGUUUUUUUUUUUAACCCGCCUCCACUACAUCCAAUUGACCCACUAGUCACGCCCAAAUGCCCCUAAGCCCCCCACAUUACCUAUUUUUUUAUCCUUAUUUUCUGCCCCGAUCUUGAUUCAGGGCGCCGCCAUCUUUGUGUGGGUAGGUGAAGUCCCUCAGGGACACGUCAUCAGCCCACACUAGACAGACUGUGAGAUUCCCGCACAUGCCCAGUGAAACACCUGGACAUGCGAACGGGAAUUUCAUCUAUUCAUUCAUUCAUCAGACAGACGAAUGAAUGAAUAGAAAGAUCAGCCGAACAAACUAACACAAUGUAUCAGUGUUAGUUUGUUCGUUCCGUUUAUUACAAGGAGGGAGCUACCGGCACGCAGCUCCCUCCUUGUAAUAUGUAAUUAUAGAAGCGGCAGGGAGCAGUGCUCCCCACCACUUCAUAAGCCCCCCCAGGUCCACCUCUCACUCUAUGGGGGUCAAUAUGACCCCCAUAAUAGCACAAGGGAGAUUAAAAUCUCCCAAAUGCCCCUACUCGCUAUACCGCGAGUAGGGGCAUGUCUACUAAACAGUUCUUUUGAAUUUUCCCACGCUGUGUAAAAUGACUCAGAGCUUUAUAAGCCUUGACCCGCCCUGCGGAGCUCAGUAUGCGGCGUGCCCUCGAAGGGCGAACUUGGAUUAAUUUUUUUUGCGCUCGUUUUUUUUUUUUUUUUUAAAGUGCGACGGGUGUAAUGGAUUUUUAUUUGGCCUUUUUGGGGGCUGAAGAAAGAAGAUUUUAGAAAAAAGAAGGCGUCAAAUGGUAAGUUUAAUUUUUUUUUUUUACAGGUUAGUUAUUUUAUUCCCCCCCUCACUAUUUGUAGGGUGAGGGGGGUAGGUAGGGGAUAGGUUUUUUUGGGUGGGGGGGUGGUGACUAGGGGCUUGGGACCCCUAGUCACCUUGAUUGGGGGGGGGUGUUUCAUUUAGGGCCCCCACCCACCGCUCAGGGGGUGGGGGCCGGGGGGGAGGACAGUAGGUCCCCCCCCUUAUUGUUUUAUUAGGGCCCCCACCCACCGCACAGGGGUGGGGGCCAGGGGGGGAGGACAGUAGGUCCCCCCCCUAUUGUUUUAUUGGGGCCCCCACCCACCGCUCAGGGGUGGGGGCCGGGGGGGAGGACAGUAGGUCCCCCCCCCUUAUUGUUUUACUGGGGCCCCCACCCACCGCUCAGGGGUGGGGGCCGGGGGGGAGGACAGUAGGUCCCCCCCCUUAUUGUUUUAUUAGGGCCCCACCCACCGCUCAGGGGUGGGGGCCAGGGGGGGAGGACAGUAGGUCCCCCCCCCUUAUUGUUUUAUUGGGGCCCCCACCCACCGCGCAGGGGUGGGGGCCUGGGGGGGACAGUAGGUCCCCCCCCCUUAUUGUUUUACUAGGGCCCCCACCCACCGCGCAGGGGUGGGGGCCGGGGGGGAGGACAGUAGGUCCCCCCCCCUUAUUGUUGUAUUAGGGCCCCCACCCACCCACCGCGCAGGGGUGGGGGCCAGGGGGGGGCCAGUAGGUUCCCCCCCAUCUUUAUUUAGGGCCCCCACGGGCAUGGGGGGAGUGGGGGGGGGGUUAUUAGUUUUUUGUUUGUUUUUUUACAGUGAGCAGCUAUACGCUGCUCACUGCUUACUACACAUGCCCCUACUCGCGGUAUAGCGAGUAGGGGCAUAUUAUUUACUAAUACUAAGUAAUUUUUACUUGGUAUUAGUAAAGUUGGCUGAAAGACCAAUUUAGGUCUUUCAGCCUUUUAGUAGAUAACUCCCUGAUACCGUGGGAAUUAGGGAGUUAUCUACUAAGCGGCUGCAAGAUGCAGCCACAGCAAUGAAUAGGAUCAGAGUUUCAUUCAUUAGAAUGAAAUUCCGAUCCGAAUAAAGUGCCGAAUUGCGUUCUAAAAGAAACGAACACGGGGGCGGGGCCUGACCUUGGAGCAGAGUGGAAGCACACUACAGCAGCUCCCGCUGAAAACUGCAAAUUUCUCCCAUUUCUAUAGCCCUAACGGCGCACAACCAGGUCGGAAAGGCUACCCAGUGAGCCGUGCCAUCGGGGUGCACUGAUCGAGCGACAGAUCUAACCCCAAUCACCCGACAUGAUGGUGAGGCCUACAAACAUGGCAUGCGCGGGAGGGACGGCCGCUCUCCUGAUGCCACGACCAGCCAAGAUCCAGGACUUGGGCCCUCGUCUCCCCCCCUCUGGACCGGUGGGGGUCAUCCCGGUCCACCCCCACAAGCUCCCCCUGCGAAGGGGUGUACAAACGAUAGGGACACAGGGUCCCAAACCUACUGGCAUGCAAGCCCCCAAGAUGGCGGAUGCCGUCUCAACAGCAUACCCACAAAGUAUAUGGUUGGACACUGAACACAGGCUAAACGCUAUCUUCGCCUCCUUUUGGAAACAGCUGAGGGCUCGCAUGCGGCCUCAGGGACACGCACCACCUACUACCGAGAAGCCACACAACUCACCGCGAGGUGCACAGCGUAUAGCACCGACGAGCACCCAGCUCCAGCGAAGGGCCCUCUCCGACAUGCGCCUGAACCCAAAGGUGAGCAACAACAAACUGGGGCCUGGAGCCUGUGGGAUGGCCAGGAGGAGACCCCCGAGACGCAAAACGCAGAGGGGCAGAUGCGACCCGACCAAACAAGCGACACAGCGAGGCGCACGGCCCAGGGUGAUGUCCACACCGGGUAGGCGACCACAGAGCCACCCCGACCCGAGACGGGUGAACUCAGCUCAGACCACAACUUGGAGGUCCUCACACUCACCGACCAGUAUACAUACACGCGACUCCGGGGCUCCACACUCCCUUACAUCUGGGACACUGCGCAAGCUGACCGGCACAAUACAAGCCUGGGAGAUGACCAUACAAGGAGUAGGCUGAAGCACGGGCAAAGCGGGACUCUAACGGACUUAAAACCUCUGUGGGUUACCUUCAAUGCCCCCAUGCUCACGGAAGGCAACAUAAACACCCGACUGUUACAAUACAGAGGACUACAUCCUCAAAACGAGAUAUGUCUUUAUGUUUACGUUCCCCUGUUAUUUUAGGUUAUCAUAAGCAGGUUUAUUAAGAGUGACUCAAUGCAUCCAGCAAAAUUAGUCUCCUAAUUACUCACAUUUACUAUAUCUGUCUCCCUCCAUUACUGCACAUGGACCAUAGGGCUCAUAAUACUCAGCACCCCGUUUCAACCUGUCUCACUAGCACUUGAAUAUACCCACAAUAGAUAUAAAUUGUUAGCAAACAAAAAAAAAAAAGACACAACUCCAUCUUGGAACUCCUCAAGCUCCGUUAAGCUUGUAGUUCAGAUAAUUACACUAGCAGCCAAUAUGCGUUGCUAAGACAGUUAUACCUCGUAUGCCUAGUUAUCGCCUAAACUUUGUGUUCACCUUGUACCAUAUCAUGCUAAAACGUGCAUGUUUAUCUUGAUAAUCUAACAAAAAUGUGCAAUGCCUUCAAUGCCACAAUAUUGUUCUCUUGUGUUUAUCGCUCAGUUUGUUCUUGCUGUUGUGGCAAAGCAAACCCAUUUGUUAUUAAGAUGCACAAAUAAAAUAAAGAAUUAUAAAAAAAAAAAAAAAGAAACGAACAUACUGUUCUCAUUCAGUUAGAACGCAAUUCGGCAGUUUCAUGUAAAAUGACAGGAAGCAUUGUGGGAACACAGAGGGAAGGUAAGAAUUAUGGGAAAAUUGCUCUGACCAGCGGAAAUGAAGCACACUUUGCUCCUCCGCUGGUCAGAGCUGGUCAAGCUGAGGAAUCCUCCAUAAGGCAAAGAGUCCCUACUUUGUCUUAUGAUUUUAAAGAAAACUAAAGAAGACAGAAAGAAAAGAAUAACAGAUCCCGAGAGAGGGGGAGAAGAGGAAGAGAUUGAGGAAAGGUAAGUUCGGCAUGACAGUGCCGCUUUAAUCGUCUGAAUUGUUUUAGUCUACUAAAUCUCCAGUAGAUUUUAAUCGACACAACUAAAAUCUAAUGGGUUUAGAUGUUGCCCCUUCCACAGCCCCUCUGUGUCUCUUUGUGUCCUCUCAGCCCCUUUAGGUAUCUCUCUCCCAAACCUAUGCAGUUUUUUGCAUAAAUUUGUCAUCUGGUGCCAGGUAUGAUGUCAUCAGGCAGCUACUGUACAUCUUGUUCCUAAUAUGAUCUUAAACACUGCACAUUUCUGAUAACCGCAGGAAAAAACAAAUAAGAAAUAUCAAUGUAUUAAAAAAUAUUGUAUCAGACCAAUGACAUAUUGAGGAUAGAAUACAAAACUAAUAUUGCAUCACUUUCCCAUUUUUCUUCCACACCCAGUGUGUGUGUUUCAAUUCAUGUACAAACAUUUUUUAUUUUACAAUGAUACAGUAUACAUGUUUAUUGUGUUUUGACUUGCUACAUAUUUUUUUUUUGCUGGUAUACAAUUAAUAAUUUCAGUACUUUUGUAGCUUUGCACUCAUGCUUGUAAUACCCAUUACCGGUAAUUAAAGGAACACUAUAGGCACCCAGACCACUUCAACUUAAUGAAGUGGUCUGGGUGCCAGGUCCAUCUAGGAUUAACCCUGCCUGCUGUAAAUACUUUACUUUACUUUAGGGUUAAUCCAGCCUCUAGUGGCUGUCUCAUUGACAGCCGCUAGAGGCGAUUCCGCGCUUCUCACUGUGAUUUUCACAAUGAGAAGACGCCAGCAUCCAUAGGAAAGCAUUGAGAAUGGACUGACUGAAUGCGCGCCCGGCUCUUGUCGCGCAUGCUCAUUCAGCCGAUGACGACCGGAGAAGGAGAGUCCCCAGCGCUGGAGAAAGGUAAGAUUUUAACCCCCUUCAGCCGAGCGGGAGUGGAACCCUGAGGGUAGGGGCACCCUCAGGGCACUAUAGUGCCAGGAAAACGAGUUUGUUUUCCUGGUACUAUAGUGGUCCUUUAAGUCAGUACUAAAUCUUGCUCUCUCAUUAACAUGAUACAGAUAAUCUUAACUGUAUUCUCCUCUAGCGGCUUUAAUUGGUAUCUACAAGUUAGGGCAAGUUGAAGCACUUAAAGGGACACAGUAGGCACCCAGACCACUUCAGCUAAUUAAAGUGGUCUGGGUGCUGUGACCCUUUUGCACUUAGUGCUGCAAUGUAAAACAUUGCAGUUCCAGAGAACUGCAAUGUUUACAUUGCAGCUCUAAGUCUGCCCUCAGUGGCUGUUUACCAGACAGCCACUAGAGGGCUUCCAGAAUACAAACGGACUUUUGGUCUGUUAUCUGACGCUGGAUGUCCUCACGGACCUCCAGCGUCAGAUUUUCCCAAUAGAAAAGCAUUGAAUAAUACUUUCCUGUGGGGAGGUCUAAUGCGCACGAGGCCAUUGCCGGGUUGUGCAUUAGUUCUCCCCUGCCGGCUGACAUCGGCAUGGGCGGAGCCUGACCCCGCGCCGAGGGCCAUCGGCGUUGGAUUCAGGUAUGUGGCUGAAGGGGUUUUAACCCUCUUCAGCCACGCGGGAGGGUGACCCUGAGGGAGGGAGGCACUCCAGGAGCCUAUAGUGCCAGGAAAACUGUUUUUUUUCCGGGCACUUUAGGAUCCCUUUAUGCUGUGGUCUAAGAUACAUGUAUUUUAUUGUUCUACGAUUAAUGCUCUAAUCUAGCAUUUUAUGGCACACGAUAUAUUGUGAAUGAUGCUGACACUGAAGCAAUAGUAAUUUGUUUAGAGUUGCCUAGAAUAUAAAUCCUGCUUUGUAUUUAUGCAUUUGAUUUCCUCUUUAAGCCCAACCUAGAAAAAAAAUAUUUGUGGAAAUUGGUGGCACCAAAUACAUUUCAAAAUAAUUCUCUCUAGACCAAAGUUAUCUCACACACUAAAGGCUUCAUUGUGGACAGCUACCCAGCACCUGAUCAAUAUUAUGUUCCUGCUUCAACAAAUGAGAAUAUACUAAAAAUUGCAUUAGGACUUUCAUUCUAGAUCCAGGCCCAAUGGCUAAGAACCACUGGCGUGUAGUUCAAGUAUGUGAAGCAAGAUGAUUAUUCAUUAAACAGAACAACUGACAUACCGAUUUGCAAAUUCGGGGGGGGAGGGGAGAUCUGUCUUCUACUUAAAGAUACAUAUUACCAUGAUUGUCACUAACACUUAUUGUCUCCUGCGAAAUUACCUCUAGAUAAGGUUUUCUAUUAUUACACUUUGUGCCAUAGCAGUGGUUUGGGGUCAACACAACAUUCAAAGGGAUCAGUUUCAAGUAUUGGAGUGUCUUUGUUUAGCAAUAUAGCUUGCCGUUUACAUGUUAAUUUGUCACAGAGCAAGUACACGGAGGGCCAAAAUUCAGAGAAGGAUUUGAUGGGUAAAUAGCUUAUUUGUUAGUAGUUAAAUUAUUUUUUUGUUGCAUGUACAUAUAAUAACGGAGUCUUGGGAGAUUCAUCAUUGGUAAGAUCAAUGUGUAAAAAUAGUGGAAUUUUAUUUUCAAAAUUUCAGGUACAUUAUUUUAAAACAAAGAGGAAAAUCCUCCUGAAUUGGAAGUUUUAACAGGAUGAGGCUACAAUGUUCCUCCUGAGACAACUGUUUGGCAAGCGAAUAAUUUCAAGAAAUUCACAGAUUAAUUGGCGGCAACGUUUGCCUGACCUUUCAGCUACCGAUUGCUUCCUGUGGGGAUACCCAAAAGAAAAAAAAGUUUCUUACUUAAGUGUAAACAGUGACAAGGAUUGUGCAAAGGCUUAUAAUAUAGUGUGAGUCCUGAGAAGAUAUAUGACCUGAAACAGGUUAAAAUCCAGUGCUCUUCCUGUGUUGUAGACAAAACGUGAUCAGCAGCAUCCCCUAGUGUUGCAAAGCCUAACUGUUCAUGGUUUAUGUAAUUUUUUGUUUUUGAUUCUAUUUUAACGUAAUUGUACAUUUUUGAUACAACUGUGGAUGUCAACAUAGGAAAUAAAUCUAAACAAGUUUGGUCUUUAUAUGCAUCUUGCUGAUUUUAUAUUUUAAAAUUUAUUAAAUUAGAAUGUAAGCUUGUUUAAAGGACCACUAUAUAGCCAGGAAAACAAACUAGUUUUCCUGGCACUAUAUGGUUAUUAGGUCCACCCCCUCCCGCUGGGCUGAAGGGGUUAAAAUCCCUUCAGCCACUUACCUUUCUGCAGCGCCGGGCUCCCUUGGCGCUUGGAAACUCUCCUCCUCCUGCCGACGUCAGCGCCGCAUGUGCGGCAAGAGCCGCGCACGCAUUUAAACCGCCCAUAGGAAAACAUUACUCAAUGCUUGCUUAUGGACGUCCAGCGUCUUCUCACUGUGAUUUUCACAGUGAGAAUCGCGGAAGCAGCCUCUAGUGGCUGUCAAUGAGACAGCCACUAGAGGCUGGAUUAACCCUCAUUGUAAACAUAGCAGUUUCUCUGAAAUGGCUAUGUUUUCAGCUGCAGGGUUAAAACUCAGCUGAGCUGAAGUGGUCUGAGUGCCUAUAGUGGUCCUUUAAGCUCACCAUCUACUGAAAUACACAAAGUCAGAAACAAGCUGGGUCAGGAUACCAGAAAUACACAAAGUCAGAAACAAGCUGGGUCAGGAUACCAGAAAUACACAAAGUCAGAAACAAGCUGGGUCAGGAUACCAGAAAUACACAAAGUCAGAAACAAGCAGGGUCAGGAUACCAGAAUUACACAAAGUCAAUGUGAUGAAUCACCCUCCACUCAUUCGGUUCUUUCCCUCCCUGCUAUUUUAUUAGUUGGAUUUAUUACCUUUAUUGUUGGUUCAUUUGUUACUUUCAUUUUGUUAAUUUCCCUUGUUCGGUAAAAUAGUCAGUUCCGCAAGUUAAUUGACUGUUCCGAGGUGUCCGCCAUUUCGGCAUACGGACACGUGGCGAGGACAAUGGACGGCGGCCAUCUUAACUCCCGAAUGGCCGGCCAGCAGGACUUGGUCGUCUGGAACUGUUUUCGGCAUGGCACUCGCACAAACACCCGGUCCCCUCUGGAAGUCCCAUACGAACCACUUUUAAAUACGGCAGAAGAACGGCAUUCAGGAGUUUGAAACAGACGAACGAGGAAAGCAUUCUCCAAGAACCAGAUUGAAGAUAUCUACUGCGGUUUUCGUGAAAAUUUCAUCCGAACGGAGACCGGCUCUUGCCACUGAUUCUAUGGAACUCUAAGUUGGCUACCACCUCGUGGCGAGCCGGUCAAACUUCCACACGGUAUAAAUCCAAAAUUACUGAAUGUUUUUUCUAGAAUUUUGAAUAUGUUGCUCACAUCACCCUCAGCUCCCCAGGGAUAUGGUUUUCAUAUUAAUAUGUUAUGUAUAAAGUAUAUUUUUAAGAAUUGUGAAACAUUUUAACUUUUCUGGCCAGUAGAUAAUUGUGUUUGAUAUGCUGUUUAAACUCAAUUAUCUAGCCUGGCCCAGAGGAGGAGCUAUGUGUUGCAUAAAUUGAGCACCCUUGUUCCCAGUAAAGCAGUCUUGUUCCAGCAUUAAGCUUUGGCUCAUGUGUGGAUUAUUCGGCGAUACCAGCGAUUUAUUACUCUGUGGAUUACUUGGCUAUUUUAUUAUAUGGGAAAAAGGGAAUGAUUGACAGGUCACAGGAUUAUACCGUCACAGUCAAAUAUAAGCUGAGGUCAAUAUCAGAAAGACUUGUGUGUAUCAGGACAGAAACCACAACAGAGCAAUGAGUAUUGGUCCAGACCGGGCUUUAAAUAGGUUCAUGUGAUUUCACAUUGGUCCACAUCAUCUGUAACCCCAAAUAACAUGGGGUCGCAUACAUGACUUGGUACCUUUUCAGGCCAUGACGUCAUGAUUAUAAAAUUUAUUUUAAGGGGCUGUAGUUCACGACACGAACCGGGAGAGGGAGCUGUUCGCGGGACCGAAGGUGAGCUUUUUUCCUAUGAAGGCUGCACGGCCUGAGGACCAUAGCAGUGCAGCCGCCCGGUGCAUUCUCUACACGUGACCCGAGAGGUAAGUCUAUGACAGGUCUAUGUGCAGGUUUUGCCGUGGCUUGUCCCGUCCUCAUUGCCGAGUUUAUCGAUCUUUAUGAUAUCAGCUAGGCCAAUGCUUUCCCAUAGGAAAGUAUUGGGAGGAUAUUGCUCAUGUUCUGUAUGGGUAACAUUCAGCGCCUUCAUGUAGAGCACUGACACAGGACUCUCUAGUGGCCGUCUGAGUGACAGGCUAGAGGUCUUAGUAGGCAGCAAUGUAAACACUGCCUUUUCUCUAAAAAUGCAGCGUUUACAUUGUAAAGGCUAUAGGCACCAGAAUCACUACAUUAAGCUGUAGUGGUUCUGGUGACUAUAGUGUCCCUUUAAAAAAAAGAUUCUAGGGAUCGACCGAUAUUUGGUAUUUUCGUCAAUAUCGGUAUCUGCCAAUUCAGAUACCGAUAUUGCCGAUAAUAUAUAACAGGACCGCCGGGCCCAUUACAAGCCCGGCGGUCCUGUGAGGGCCAGCAGCAAGCGCUGACUUACCUUGCAAGCAGCUCCUACAGCUCUCUGUGUAAAUCUCGCGAGACCCGGGUUACCGUGGCAACGCUCCGCGCGGCACUAAGAGCCGCGAGAUUUACACAGAGAGCUGUAGGCGCUGCUUGCAAGGUAAGUCAGCGCUUGCUGUUGCUGAGCCACCACUGUACUUAAUAAGCCACUGGACCACCAGAGAAUACUAUAUCCCCCUUACCUGGUAAGAAGCAGGGAGGGGGGACUAAACAAAAAAAAAACACAUUUAAAUAUUAAAAAAAAUAUUAAAAUAAAAAAUUACACAAAUUACAUCACCACACAAACACACACUGCACACAUACUGCAUUACAUACACACUACUCAGACACACACACUGCAUUACACACACACACUACACAAACUAGGGAGGGGGAACUAAACAAAAAACAACAACAUUUAAAUAUUAAAAAAAAUAUUAAAAUAAAAAAUUACACAAAUUACAUCACUACACAAACACACACACACACACACAAACACAUACUGCAUUACAUACACACAUACUGCAUUACAUACACACUACACAGACACACACACACUGCAUUACAUACACACACACCACACACACUACACAAACACACACUGCACACAUACUGAAUAACAGACACACUGCACACACUACACUGCAUUACAUACACACACACUACACAAACACACUGCACACAUACUGCAUUACAUACACACACACUGCAUUACAUACACACUACAUUACAUACACACUACACAAACACACACUGCAUUACAUACACACAUUACAUACAUACACACUACACAUACACACACAAAAACACUGCAUUAUACACACACACUACAUAAACACACUGCAUUAUAUACACACUACAUUCAUUAUACACACACUACACAAACACACACUCUGCAUCCACUACACACACACACACACACACACUACACAAACACACACAGUUCCCCUGUCUAAAUACACUUCAUCCACUACAUGUGGCAUGUAUAUUUUGUGCAUUUACCUUUCGAAUUAGUUUUAUUUAUUCAAAAUAGUAAAUGUACAGAAUAUCGGCAAGAUAUCGGCUAUCGGCCUGAAAGUUUGCAGAUUAUUGGUAUCGGUAUCGGCUCUAAAAAAUCAAUAUCGGUCGAUCCCUACUAGAUUCCAAACUAAUUUGUCAAGCCCUGGUCUAUGACACUACUAUUCUUGUAUGUCCAGCUUUUCUUGUUAUAGCUAUUUGUUUGUUAGUCCUUAUAUUGUACACGGUGUGGGAUAUGUUGGUUCUUUUUAAGUUAUCUAGGGUUGAAAUGUUGCCUAAAAGUUAGAAAAUACAUGAACUAUAUGCCAGAUAUCCAUUUUGUUUCUUACAUCUAUAUACACUGCAAACCUCUUCAAUAAACUGCAAAAAAGUCUAUUUAUAGGUCUUGGAUAGUAUUUAAACCCUGUAAAGGAGGACCUUUUUUCUUUUUAGGAAACUGAGAUCGAAGACCGAGAGAGACCGCCUGAAUGCCCAUUGGAUAGGGAAGAGCUCGGCAGAAGUACUUGGUCGUUUUUACAUACUAUGGCAGCUUACUACCCUGAUCAGCCCACUAGUAAACAGCAGGACGAGAUGAAAAGCUUUAUCAACAUUUUCUCAAAGUUUUAUCCAUGUGAUGAGUGUGCAGAGGACCUGAGAGACAGGUAUGUGCUUGGAUAACGAAACUGGAUUUAAAGCAGUCAACAGGUUCUGUUACUUCCUGUGAUUUUCUUUUGAAUUAUUUUUUUUGUACCUCAGUGGAGGUAAAUCCAAGAGGCUGCAAUUGCCCAGAGCACCUGCCUUGCAAAGACUUCUCAUUGACCUGCAUUUGGAAGUCUGUGAUUGGACAGCCACAGAAAGUCUGGGUAGGGUUAGAAGAGGGAGGCUUAUUCUACAGAUACAUCUGUCAGGGGCUGGAUGCAUUAUCUUGCAGCAACUGGUAUUUUAGCCCCUCUGCAUAGGUUAUUAGCUGUCAUUAAUGGCUGGCAGGAAUCGGAGGGUUUAAAAAAAAAAAACAAAAAAGGAAACAUCAGAGUUGCUAUAGAGCGUUUUAGAGCAGCAAAUCAAGUUCUUAUCUCAGUUUUGCUAUAAUUUUAAAAUUCUGAUGAAAUUAAAGACCUCAAUUUGAUAUUUUUGGAAAAGCAUUUCAUUUAUUUUUGAACAAAUAUUUAAAAUAUAAUUUCUUUUCAAAAUAUUAAUAUAUAUAUAUAUCAAAACAUACCAUAACAAUACAAUAUAUUUCAAACUAUAUCUAAUCACAUGAAAUGCUUAUCUAAAGUUAUUAAAGGACAGGGUAUUGUAUUUGUUCUGGUGAGUAUAAUCAUUACCUUCAGGAUUUUUGCAGUAAACACUGUGUUUUCAGAGAAAAUGCAGUGUUUACAUUACAGCCUAGGGAUACCUCCACUGGCGGCCACUCAGCUUUUAGAGCUGCUUCCUGAGGCAGUGCUGCACAGUGAGCAGCAUUCAGUGUGACAUUCAGUGUCUCUGCCCUCUGCAUGGAGACACUGAACUUUCCUCAUAGAGAUUCAUUGAUUCAAUGCCUCUCUAUGAGGAGAUGCUGAUUGACCAGGGCUGUGUUUGGCUUGUGUUGGCUCUGCCCCUGAUCUGACUCCUUGACACUCAGCCAAUCCAAUGCUUUCCUGUGGGAAAGCAUUGCGAUUGGGUCAGUUCAUAACGUCUGACAAUGUCGGCAGAUGGGGCAGAGCCAGCAGCAGCAGACUAUAAUAAAGGUCAUAUUUUACUAUAUUUAGAAAGCAAGGGGGUUGUAUGCUGUUUUUAGCAUUACAGGGUUAGGAAUACGUGUUUGUGUUCCUGACUCUAUAGUGUUCCUUUAAAUUGAGGCUAAAUACUGGGAAGCUAUUUAAAAAAAAAAAUCUCCCUCUGUUGCCUGAGAAUUGUACCUUGUUCAAAACAGUCAUCCACCAAAGCCAUAAAGAAAGAUGGGAGCUGUAGUUUUACAAUAUAUAGCAGGUGUAUUGCAAUGCCUUGAAUGAACAACACGGAUAACUUUUUGAUUUGUUCUGCAGACUGAAGACUACUCAGCCUGAUACCAGCAGCAGAUACAACUUGUCACAGUGGAUGUGCAUACUACACAAUGAUGUGAAUAGAAAACUGGGGAAGACGGAGUUUGACUGCUCAAAAGUCGAUGAAAGAUGGCGGGACGGCUGGAAGGAUGGGUCCUGUGACUGAUGAUCUGAUUCUGAAAUCUCACCCGUGUCUUUCCCAAGUGAAUGUAAUCUCAGAUAUCUAUAAAACCUCGCCAUAUAUAGACUCAAAAACCUGUCUAAAUGAUUUGUACUUAUUUGUAUUUUAAUUGGGUAUUAUUAAUGUUGUAGAGGAUUUGUUACUUACCCCACUUAUGUCUUUUGUUGAAGCCCCCAGUGUGCACUAUUUUGGAAUAUAACACCAUCAUUGGGGUCAGCAAAAAUACAUUUUUACAUGAUUAUGUAGUAUAGCUGGAGAAACCGUAACCAUUGCUUUUUUGCAGGAAAAUAUGCCAAAAUAGAACAUUUGCAGGUUUUCCCAAUUCCUGAUAGCAGAAACUUUGUAUUUAACUUCAUGGUUACUUAAACAUCCUCUCAUUCUGACUCCAAUAAGUGCUUGAAUCAAAAUAUGGAGCGCUUCUUUUCCCUGUGACACUGACUCCUUGCAAAUGUCAAUAUAUUUAAACUGUGUGUGUAAAUUCACAUUUUUGUUGGUUCUACCUUUGGCUAUUAGAGAAGAAUUUAUCAUCUCCACCACAAGAUAUGCAGUACCAUAUGCCAUGGAUAAUCAGAUUACAAAUAACUGUAGCUCUAAUAGGAUAACCGCCCUACAACCAAUGCUAAUUUUAAAGAGUGUAUGUUUUCAUCCGUACAUUGUACCGCCAUUUUUGCGAGCAAUGUAUAGAUUUGGAGACAAACUAUUUAAAAGUAGGUCUUUCUCCCACUUCUCAGUUAAAUCUUUGGCGUGCCGACAAUCUGAUUGACAAGGGAGAACAGAAAAGACCAUCCACAGAUGGUCCUUCUGCUGCCCCUACAUAAUAACCACAGCGCCUGCACUACAGUUGCCAUGGAAACUCCCUCGACGGUGCUGCUAGCGCUGGCUAAGGUGUACAGGAAUGAAGUGAAAGGCGCCAGUAUGCUAACAAUUUGGCCAUCAUAUCGGCAUUGAAUAAAAAGAGACCAAAGGAGGAGCUGACGAUGGCCUGGAGGUGGGUGUUUCAUGAAGAGUAAUACCUAUUAAGCUCUGAAGAUUGCAGCGUUGGACCAGAAGCAAAGUGGAUAUAUAUAGAAAAUGUAUCUUUGUGAUAAAUGAUGUAUUCAAUGUAUAUUGGAGCAAUUUAAGGUAAGUAAAAUUUUCUCUACAAGUUCACUUAAGAAAAUAUACUACCUGUUCCUUUGAACUAUUUAAUUUAGGUUUCUUUGGAUGAAUCGCUUCCUGGCUCAAAACAGUGGCUCCCAAACAGUUUUUCUGGUAUUUAAAUAAGUCCGAAUUUGACAUUUAUUCACAGCUGUAAUUGGCCAUUUGAUUUCCUACUUAUAUAUUAACCCUUUAACGACACAGCUUCAGAAAUAAAAAGCAAUCCCCUCGAGUCCUUAGGGGGUUAAAGGAACGCUCCAGGCUGGAAUUAACUCCAUAUUUUAAAAACAAUAUGUAGAGUAUAUAUAAUAUAGGAAGAUAAUGCAUUGCAUAAUGGGAAAAAAGAAACAAAACCCAUUAAAACAAAUUCUAUUAAGCUGUUAUGUUUCUUGCAGUGAGCUCUCCCCAGACUAGGAAGUGGCUGAAACCUCUAAGCAAAUCAUGGCCUUACCAUUAUUGUAAGUGGUAUCAUAUUACCCAGCUAGAGUUUAUGGAAUACAUAGUACGGCACACAGCUACAGUUUCAUCUAUGAAAAAGCAUAAAAGAAGCAACAGUGCAGUUAAUACACAUCAGCAGUGCAGGGUUUUAACUCCCUUUAUGUAGAAAGAUGCAAACAUGGUCACAGCUCAGGAUCUAUUAUAGAUCUUAAUGAGUUCCAAUCAAAGAUAGUGGGACUGUCUUGUGCACACUGUGCAAAAUAUGUAAAUUGCUACUGUUACUGCAUUAGAACGCGCAUGCUUUCACUCAACCCAAACUCGUGGUAUACAUACGUGCACAGUCUCAUGUGCUGCUAGGUAGUGUUAUACAAACCACUUUACUGAAUAGGAUGGAAGAAUUGAUCAGAUCUGUGGAUAGGUGGUAUAUUGCUAAAACUUAUAUAAACUCAGAUGUCUUAAUGCAAAUGACUGUUCUUACAGUGUUAUUAAUGCAAUGUUGCUUUCAUUCAAGCGAGUUGAUGUAUUCUAUACAUUACAAUUCUCUUGCUUGGCCAGAACGGGCUUGCCUUACUAUUUACUAUUGUUUGUCUAUUUCUCAAUAAAAACUAUAUUUACUUUAAGAAAAAAAAAAAAAAAAAGAGGUAAAUUACAACACCCAUGAUGCUUUACCAGCUUUGACAAAGAAAAGCAUCAUGGAAGUUGUAGUUCUUGAAACAUUUGACUAGGGAUCAACCAUUUGGGCAUGUUGUUACAUGUAUUUGUAUGGGCAGUGGGAAUCAUAGCUUUUGGCCUUUGGUUUAAUCAGUUGAUAUUUAUGAACUGCUCCCACACGUUACCAAAUUUCCCUCAUUUUCUCUUAAUUUGUUCAGAAUAUCAACUGUUACACUCCUCUCACCCCUGCUGUGCUGUGAUUUAGUCAGUGACUGUGAUUAAAGGGUCACUAUAGUCACCAAAACAACUUUAGCUUAAGUCAUUUUGAUGUACAGAUCAUGCCCCUGCAUCUCACUGCUCAAUUCUCUGCACAGUCUGUUUAAUUUAGAAUUUAUCUCCUGCAAUGUUAAUAGCUUAGAUCAUGCAGAUGCCUUGUGUGUGUGAUUAAAGUUAACUUUACAGAGCAGUUAAUAAAAACGUAUAAUGUAAAUUAACCCCUUAAGGACACAUGACAUGUGUGACAUGUCAUGAUUCCCUUUUAUUCCAGAAGUUUAGGUUAAAGCUCAAUGAAGUGGUCUGGGUGCCAGGUCCCUUUAGUGCUAACUCUGCAGCUGAGAACAUAGAAGUUUCAAAGAAACUAUGUUUUACUGAGGGUUAAUCGAGCGUCUAGAGGCGUUUCCGCACUUCUCCUUAAAAAAAAUCACAGUGAGAAGACGCUGGACGUCCAUAGGAAAGCAUUAAGAAAUGCUUUCCUAUGGGCGGUUUGAAUGCCCGCUCGGCUCUUGCCGCUCAUGCGCAUUUGGCGCUUACGUCGGCAGAAGGAGGAGAGUUCCCAAGCGCUGGAGAAAGCUGUGUUUUAACCCCUUCAGCCCACCAGGAGGUUGGGGGGGGGGGGCCUAAAGACCUUAUAGUGCCAGGAAAACAAGUUUGUUUUCCUGGCACUAUAGUGGUCCUUUAACAUCGGAUUGAAAUUUUAACCUUUUUUUCCCCAUGCAGGCUGUGUCAGUCACAGCCUGGGGAGGUAUGGCUAGGGCUGCAUGAAUAUAAACAAAAGUGACUUAAAUCCUAAAUGGCAGAGAAUUGAGCAGUAAGACUGCAUAAUCUAUAUGCCAAAUGGCUUCAUUAAGCUAAAGUUGUUUUGGUAACUACAGUGUACUUUAAGGUAAUUAACCGAGGUGAAAUCGUUCCAAAUGCAACAUGUCUGAGAAAGAUGUCACCCAGAAAAAAAAAAGCUUUUUAUUUCAUGUAGAUCACAUGUUUUGUGGUCAUUUUUAGCAUUCUACUUGACUUUGCAAUGUAUUUAUGAACUAUAAUGUUAUGUAUAUUUAAAUGACUGAUGUAAGGUUUAGUUUUGCUUUGCUGGCCCUUGAUUGUAAAGCAGACUGAUAGAGAUAACUGCACUAUUUAAUGUAUGUUUUUGGGGAAUUGUGUAAACAACUGUUGUGAAAUGUGUGAUUUAAGUGAUGUAUUUUUGCGUAAAUGUAACUUUUGUAAAAGUUGUUUGUUUUGGCAUUUUCUCUCUUUUAAG